CUUUUCCUUCCAAUAUUUUGAAAUAUAAAUAUUGUGAGUGUCACCUAAAUUUAGCAGUUUAAUCCCAGUUUACAAAAUUAAGUUGAACUACUCUACUUCAAAAUCUUUCACUCUCUACAUUUUUAUUCACCAGCAAACACAGUAAUUUCGGGACUACUAUUUAAGCGUAUUCAGCGGUUACGAAAUCUCUCAUUAAAUUCCCUCUCCUAAAUUUCUGCAAGGAAAAUGGCGUUGACGAAGAGCUUGAGUUUCUCUCUAGGAAGGAAGAGGAUAUUAAUUUCUAAAAAUAGCUGUGAUUUGGAGCAAUUUUGUGCUGAUUUUGAGCCGUAUUCACCUGUGAAGAGACACUGUUACAGUAGUGAUGAAGAUGACGAAACGUUUCGAGUAAAGGAUACGAGUUCUCUUCUUGAAGCUCUGCCUCAAGAAAUUCUGAUCAAAGUAAUUUGUGGUGUGGAUCACGAUGACCUAAAACAGCUUUUCUUAGUUUCUAAAACAGUUCGCGAUUCGACGAUUAUCGCGAAGCAAUCGCAUUUCGCAUUCAGUACACCGGCGAAGAUGAAAGCGUUUAGAAAUUCAAUUGAUAUGUUGAAUAAUGAAAUGGAUUUGGAUGAAAUUGAAGCUCCGAAUGCUCCGAAACAAGCUCGGAAACUGAAUCGUCCUCGAAUUAACAAAAAAAGACUGAGCGAUAUUUCCGUCGCUUUGUUCUCCGACGGAGAAGAGGAAGAGCAGAGAUGGACUAGAAGAAGUUUAUUUAUGGAAACCGACAGUUAAGUUUAAUUCAAUACAGUCUAAUUUAGUUUUCAUUGUAAAGUAUCAGGCUUUUUUAAUUUACUGUUAAUUUAUAGAAGUGCAAAUUCAAUGAGUUUGCAAGCCAUUAUUAGGUUAUUAUUGUUCUUCAAUUCUUCCAUUGAAGAUUUAGGUAAAAGCAAAUUGGUGGCUUGUCUUUCUUUGUAACAAUAAGUCCUUUGUAAUUGUAACUAUGGGAAAUUUUGUGUAAAUAAACGAUGCAGUUUUCAUGA